CUUCAAAACCUCCCGCGAAGCCGUUGAGAAAACAGCAUUUGGAUAAGAGAGAGAGAGAGAGAGAGCAAACAACAAUGGUGAACGUGCAACUACUCACUGAGUGUUCCAACCCAGUAAUUGGACUCAGACCUUACUCUUUCAAUUCCUUCUCCAAUACUAAUACUCUCACUCCUCGCCAUUACAGGGCCUCCCAAUCAACAACACUACUCCCCAGAGCCUCUCUCCACCACCACCAAACUCGCAGACACCUGGUAGCCCAAACCACUGCGCUUUCGAUUUCGAUUUCGCUUUCUCCUCUGAUUGGCUUCGAACAACAAGCAAAAUCAGAAGAAGCUCUUCCGAAUGGGAAAAGAGUGUACCUUCCUAUUCCAGGGGUUGUUCUUCUCGACAUCGCUUUCGUUCCAGACGACCCUAAUCAUGGUUUUCUGCUGGGCACUAGGCAAACUAUUUUAGAAACAAAAGAUGGGGGGAACACUUGGGUUCCAAGGUCAAUACCCUCUGCAGAAGACGAAGAUUUCAAUUACAGGUUUAACUCCAUCAGCUUCAAAGGGAAGGAAGGAUGGAUUGUUGGAAAACCUGCGAUUCUAUUGCACACUUCUAAUUCCGGAGAUAGCUGGGAGAGGAUACCAUUAAGUUCUCAACUUCCUGGUGAUAUGGUAUAUAUAGAAGCAACUGGAGAAAAUAGUGCAGAGAUGGUAACUGACCAAGGAGCAAUUUAUGUUACAUCAAACAGAGGCUACAACUGGAGGGCUGCUGUGCAGGAGACUGUUUCGGCUACUCUUAAUAGAACAGUUUCUAGUGGUAUUAGUGGUGCAAGCUACUAUACAGGAACUUUUAAUACUGUGAAUCGCUCUCCAGACGGAAGUUAUGUUGCUGUUUCAAGCCGCGGUAACUUCUACCUGACUUGGGAGCCAGGGCAGCCAUUUUGGCAGCCACAUAACAGGUCAGUUGCAAGAAGAAUUCAAAACAUGGGAUGGAGGGCUGAUGGUGGUCUUUGGCUUCUUGUACGAGGUGGGGGACUUUAUCUCAGCAAUGGCACAGGGAUAACAGAGAAUUUUGAAGAAGUUCAAGUACAGAGUCGUGGUUUUGGCAUUCUUGAUGUUGGGUACCGUUCUAAGGAUGAGGCUUGGGCAGCUGGGGGCAGCGGGAUUCUGUUAAGAACCACCAAUGGCGGCAAGACAUGGACGCGUGACAAAGCAGCUGAUAAUAUUGCUGCGAAUCUCUAUGCAGUAAAGUUUAUCAAUGAACAAAAGGGAUUUGUGCUUGGAAAUGAUGGAGUCUUGCUUCGGUAUCUUGGAUAAAUUGACAAUUACUACAUGUGGUUAUCUGCAGCGACUUCCUUUCAGGUCUUUUGAUGUAUAGUUCCUCAAGACAUUCUUUCUGUGAGGUUACAGAAGAAAAACCAGAAGUUUAAGGCUAGUUCUCAAGUUGUGUCUGUAUUGUUUGUCAAAUCGGGAUUGUUUUUCUAGAGCAAUGAAAUCGACUAGUAGUGAAACACUUUGAAACACGUGUAUGGUUGAGAUGAUUCAUCAAUGUAGAUGAUUUUGUAUGUCAGAUUUAAAGGCUUAUUUUCAA